CUCAUUUCAAACUGCCGGCGAUCGCAGGUACGCCUACACAGACAACCUCAAGCUACAGACGGUGGACGACGCCAUGCUGACCGCGUACGCGGCCAAGAAGUACAUCCUGCCGCACCUGCUCAAGGACUGCUUCGCCUUCAUCGAGAAGCACGUGACACCGCAGACCGUGUGCCAGGUGUUCGAGAUCGCGCAGGUCAUGGAGGCCUACCCGCUAGUGCACCAGCGCCUCAACAUCAUCGACCGGCAGACGUACCACGUGCUCACCUCGACCAACUUCCCCAACGUAGCGCUGCACACGCUAGAGACCAUCGUGCGCCGAAAGUACCUCAACCUGUACUCGGAGUACGCGCUCUAUUCGGCCGUGGUCCAGUGGGGCCAAGAGGAGUGCUCCAGGAGGAACCUGGAGCGGGACGUGGACAACGUGCGUAGCGUCAUCGACACCGUGCUCCCGCUCAUUCGUUUCCUGGCCAUGAGCCCCGAGGAGUUCUGCAAGGGCCCGGCCAAGAGUGGGCUCCUGACCAAGGAAGAGUGCUUCUCGGUCUUCAUGAACAUGGCCAUCCCGGGGAUUGUGCCCCUGCCAAAAGGUCAGAGCCUGUGUUCGCAAAAGCUCUUGUAUGACGUCACCCCCGAGCACUUCGUGGCCCGCCGCUACCAGACCGUCUCCUUCCACGCGCCGUCGCGGCCGCGUCGGCUGUUCGGCCUGAAGUUCAUCGUGCCCACGCGCGACGUGUCCCUCGUGGGCGUCGGCUGUCCCGGAAGUUGCCGCUUGGUGUGCCGAGCGCCGAACCCAGCGUGA